AUGCUGUGUGGAAUGCUAUCGGGCUCCCAUUGGGGACCUAAUAUCCGUAAAUGGAUGUCGGCUACAUCAGACGCUGAUCUCGGACAAGCUUUCCUUGCAAUUGACCCUGAGGCAUAUGCGCCUGGAUUCAACGCAAGGUUACAAGAUUUCAUGGACACCCUGAGAGGACUACCUCAUGUAAGUGCGAUUGUAUUUCCGAAGACUCUCAGUGAAGUUUUUUGGCUCCACGGUGUCUAA